AUGGCAUCGACUGUCAACGUCACGGCGCAUCCGUUCAAAAACUGCAAAGAGGUCUCGCCCUCCUGCCCCGUCCAGGCUACCACGCUCGGCUACUAUCCCAAUGUCGGCAUCAACGCCUUCUUUGCCGCCGGCUACGGCAUUGCCACGGCUGCCCUGCUGAUCACCCUCAUUUUCGGCCUGCUCCCCCGCCGCACCUGGAGCUAUUCGUGCUUCAUCGCCGCCGGUGCCGCCCUCGAGCUUGCCGGCUACGCCUCCCGCGUCCCGCUGCACGCCAACCCGUGGGACCAGAGCGCCUUUGAGACCCAGAUCUGCGCCAUCAUCCUCGCACCCACCCUCAUCUGCAUCGGCAUCUACCUGACCCUGCAGCACGUCUGCCUCGCCCUCUGCCCGGCCCUCUCCCGCAUCCGCCCCACGCUCUACCCUUGGGUGUUCGUGCCGCUGGAUGUCAGCUGCCUGCUCAUCCAGGCCGCCGGCGGCGCCAUUGCCGCCUCGGCCGGGUACACCAACACCAAGCUGCUGAAUGCCGGCAACCGCCUCAUCAUCGCCGGCAUCGUCCUGCAGGUCGUCGUCCUCGCCUUCUUUGGCCUCGCCUCGCUCGACUACUUCAUCCGCGUCAAGGCCUGGAUCGCCGGCCGCGACCGCCGCGGCCGCCAGCCGACCGAAGCCGCCCUCGCCCUCUGGCACCACCGCCGCUUCCGCACCUUUAUCAUUGCCGUCACCAUCGCCUACGGCUGCAUUUUGAUCCGCUGCAUCUACCGCAUCGCCGAAAUGGCCGGCGGCUGGGGCAACAAGAUUAUGCAGGACGAGCCGUCCUUCAUCGUCCUCGAAGGCUUCAUGAUUAUGAUUGCCGUCGCCAUCCUGGCCGGCUUCCAGCCGGGCUACUUCUUCCCGCAAAUGGGCAACGGCCGCAAGCAGCGCCGGGCGGCCGAGGCGGCGGCUCUGCAGGCCAACGGCGGUGGCGAAGCUGGUUCGGAGGGGGAGGCGGCAGCUGCGGAGGCACCGGCAGCCGCCACGGCCCACGUGAACACCGACACGGAGACCGAAAAGAACGAGAAGAUCAACCCGGCGGCAACCGACCAGGACGCCGCUGUUGAGGCAUCCAGGUGA